GACAAGAGUCCGCGUAACUGCCCCGCGCGUAUUUGUCGUAUCCCCCUUGUGCAUGGCAGUGGCGAACCGGUGCCUGUUCCCUUUCCCUCUUGCCGGUGUCAUCCCGGUUGACCCCGAGUACCUCGUGGGACACAAAUUUUGGUGACUUGAUCGCUUGUCCCGAUCGCGAUUCCUCUCAGUGGUCCACCCUGGCGGGAACGUUUAAUUGCAAGUGGACGCUUGGUGAACCCAAAGUGAAGUGUCCAGGUAGCGUGCGAUCGAUUUGAAUUCGCGGGAAGGAAAGGUGCGAGCGCGAUUACCACGCGAAAUCCUCAUCAUCGGAUAUCAUCGGCUCCGUUGACUGUGAAUUGCGCGAACAGUGUUCAGUCGCGGUGUUUGAAAGCAGACUAACGAUCAAGAUGCGGGACCGCGGGUCUCUUCAGCGUCCGUCGCCGCGCAAAUAAACUCAUCUCGCCUGAGAUAUCAGCGAGAUAUCAAGUGGUGCACUGUGCCUGCCAGGAUCUUUAAAGAUUGUAACGUGCGUUCUCCAGAUUCUGAACGUGCUUGACUCCACUCGAUUUCGGUGAUUUCGUGAACUACGCGAACAACAGUGAACGUACUCUGAAUCACUUCGAUUCCCCUCCCCCGGACACUUCGGUCACACAGAUGCGAAUGCGUCUUGGAAGCAAAAAGCGCAGCCGUCGCUGCUGGUGUCUAGCGUGUCAUUCUGUCUGAGGGCGCCAAUUCGCGAAAAACCGAAGGCGCGGACCCGAGCCGGGGUAAGGCUCAGCGGCACGCAAAAUGAUGUACUCACCGGACAAGAUGAUGGGGAGCAAGGGGCUCCACGGGGCGCCGAUCACCGCCCCGGGAUGCUUUCCUUCGGGGAGAUACUCGCCGUCACCUUAUCGCGCCGCGCCGGAUCCGAUGCCGCCGCCGCCGAGGCGAUGUAUGCCGAACCCCACGAGUCGUAUAUUGGAAGAUGCAUCCAUUGUGUGCAAUUCUUGGUCACCAAGGCAUAAUGGUGAUUUAUUAAGUGGCUUAAACAGCGGCUUUCAAGAUGGCAUACUUUCAAGAGCGGAGGCUUUGGCAGCAGAUUUGGGGAAGCACAACGCUGGGACACCAAUGCAACUGAAGCAUGAUCCCGUAUCUGUGUACCAUCACGGAGCACACAUGCCCACCCCCCAUCCAAACAACCGGCCACAUCAUCAGGUACAAUCACACCUUCUCAUGAGCCAUCCGGGGAUGGAGAGUCUCGACAUGCUGGACCCAGCGAACUCGAUGACAACACUGACGCCGAUGUCCGAGAGCACGGGCGGCGGGCCCGGGCAUCACGCGGGCAUCCACGGUCCGUCCGUGUACGGCGGCAUGAACGGCAUGAUGAGCCAUCAUCAUCAUCACGGCAAUCUGGGCGGGGGUGGCGGUAGCGUGCCGCACCCGGCGCAUCAUCAUCCGGCGAUGGCCGCCGCGGCGGCGGCGGCAGCCGCGGCCGGUCUUCAUCCCGACGCCGAUACCGAUCCACGCGAAUUAGAGGCUUUCGCCGAACGAUUCAAGCAACGACGCAUCAAACUUGGCGUCACGCAGGCCGACGUGGGCAAAGCGCUCGCUAAUCUCAAGUUACCGGGUGUCGGCGCGCUCUCGCAGUCGACGAUCUGUCGCUUCGAAUCCCUCACGCUCUCGCACAACAACAUGAUCGCUUUAAAACCGAUUCUCCAAGCGUGGCUGGAGGAGGCGGAGGCCCAGGCGAAGAAUAAACGACGCGACCCGGAUGCGCCGUCAGUCUUACCAGCCGGUGAAAAGAAACGGAAACGCACGAGCAUCGCCGCGCCUGAGAAACGCUCGCUGGAGGCGUACUUCGCCGUGCAGCCGCGUCCCUCGGGCGAGAAAAUCGCCGCGAUCGCGGAGAAGCUCGACCUCAAAAAGAACGUCGUACGCGUCUGGUUCUGCAAUCAGCGGCAGAAGCAGAAGCGCAUGAAAUUCGCGGCUCAACAUUGACCCGAGGGUGGCUUGUGACAGCAGAACUGACCGUACCAACUGCCCAGUCUCGAGCCGAAACCCGAACCCCUGACCGAGUUUCAGGCGUGGCCGUGAGAGGCCCGGAGGACUAUGAACGCCUAGGAGACUUUUCCGCUUGCGGUGGACAACGCGGCGAGGAGAAUCCCGAGUCGCCGGACGCGCCGUCGCCGAGGUGUCCGCGCACGCGGAAAGUCGUCCGGCUCCUAAUGAUCUUAUCGAUGGCUCGAUAUUAUGGGCAGACUCUCGGUACACGAGGCUGUCACAGGCUGACGAUGCAAUCGCUUGUUAUCACUGCGCGUGUGUAAUAUGCCGAUUAACGCAUAUUCUGGAAUCACCGGUUGCAGGGAGCUAUUCUUGACCCGUCGGCGCGCGAUUCUCUCUCUCUCGCCCUCGUGCGCGAUUACCUCCCGUUGUGAUGUUAAGACGAUAAAACUCCAGUGCAAUCAUUGAACGUAACGCUGGUGACACAUUUACGAAUGUCUUACGAUGGAUAAUGUCGUCGCGAUACGCGAUCACAAUAAAUACAAAUAUCCAUAUCGAAAUCAAUUCUAUCCACCAAAUCGAUAUUAUCGUUUUCUCUAUGCGAAAUGAAGUCGUUGAAAACAACGAUUUUUUAUGUAAGGUACUCACUUUUAAUCGAUCAAUUGAUUGAAAACCGACAGAAACUGCGACAAAUUUCUAUUCAAUUUUUCCUUAAUGAAAACGUCGAAGCGAAAAAUUUUACAUACAUCGCAUAUACGGUAAAAAGUUAAAAUUAUACGCUUAUAAGUAAAUAAAUCCAAGUAUACACAUAAGCGCCUUUUUACUUCAAACAAAAAUACGAGACUAAUUUUUGUUCCUAAUAAAAAAAGGUGCGAAUCACGCAUCUGCGAAUAAUAUACAGAUAAUGCCGGGAAAAAAACAUUGAAAUAAUGCAUGAUGCUUUCAACGGUAUGAUUUCGAAAAAUGGAGAGAUGCGCCCGGAAUACAUCAGAGCUUUCUUCAUAUUUUCAUUUGCAUUAGCAGAAAGCGUUGUAAUGAUGGAUUUGCGUUGCAUAGUAACAUUAUGGGGUUACGUAAAUACAGUUUGAUUCGAACAUUUUAUCCAGGAUAUAACAUUUGUUACCUUUUUUUUAAGAAUCCAGGCUAUAAUAUAUGCUAAGUAGUUUUAAGUUUUCAAAGCAAAAUACGUGCUGCAAU